CAAAUUAUGUGUUAAAAAUUGCAUUUAAAGCUUCUCAUGAAUGAAAAAAUCUUGAAUAAAUUAAGAAAUUAUUGAUUUAAGUGUUAAUGAUUACUUCCUAUGCUCAUAUGAACACUGUCAAAGCAUACCUUUAUGUUUUAAGUGAUAAUAGUGAUGGCGUUACUCUUGUAAACUGUUGAAGAGGUUCAAACUUGAAAACAAUUUUUUUUCGUUUCUUCUGGAAGAGUUGCAAGUAUGUCACAAUUUGGAGCUACUACUAAGAAUCCGCCAUGGGUUCGUACUUCAGCCCAAAAUAUUGCAUCUACUCAGCAGCAACAACAACAACAGCAACAGCAACUGCAAACACAAAUGUUAGGUCAAACAAUGGGUACCCUUGGAAAUCCCACAAUGGUGCAGUAUCAGCAGCCACAGCAAGUCUUCCAGACUCCUAUGCAAAUGCAACAGGCAGGAAUGGCCAUGACAACCAUGACUGCUGCAAUGGGCACAACUGGGGUUGCAAUGCCUACAGCUCUUGGCACAACUCAGAUGUUUCCACAAGUUGCCACUGUGAGUUAUCCAACACCACGUGCACUUAAUCCUGCUGCCUUCCAAAGCACAGCUGUUGCAGCCACUGCUGUACCUCCUGUGCCCCCAGCUACUCCGAAUCCAUCUCCUAAACAGAGAGUGUUCACUGGUACAGUAACGAAAGUGCAUGAUAAUUUUGGCUUUGUUGACGAGGACGUUUUCUUCCAAACCAGUUGCUGUGUUAAAGGUUCCAACCCAGGUGUAGGAGAUCGGGUUCUUGUGGAAGCUUCAUAUAAUCCGAACAUGCCAUUCAAAUGGAAUGCAACUCGUAUUCAGGUUUUACCAAUGACUACAACAAAUUCACAGCGGCCACCUGCUAAUUUAGGAAAGAAUUUUAAUAGUGGACCUGGAAAUUAUAAUGCAGUCCCUCCUCCAGAGAGUUCAGGAAAUUCCAAUUUUGCCAGAAAUAAUCAGCCAAAGUCAAGACGGCGAGAAAGAUCUAAAGAGAGAGGAAGAGACACAGAUGAAGAAGAAACUGAUAGAAAGAAACGUAGGGAGGAGAGAGUUAGGGAUAGGGAAGAGAAGGAAAAGAGGAGUCCAUCAGUUCGUCGAAGAAGUAAGAGUCCUCGUCCAAGGCCAAGGCGGUCGAGAAUAGUACCACGAUAUAUGGUACAAAUUCCGAAAAUUUCUUUAGAUCUGCCUGAAGCCGAUGUAUUAGAGUUAAGAAGACGGUAUACCAAUCUUUAUAUUCCAUCUGACUUCUUCUCUACUAACAUCAGAUGGAUAGAUGCUUUUCCUCCUACAAGUCCAUUUACUCUUGACCGUCCUUGUUCGUUCCAUGUUAUGAAUAAAGAAGUUGAUCCAGUUCUUGAAAACCCUACAACAUUGGAACCUGCAGAUGCUGAUUAUUUAUUUUCUGCAAAGGUAAUGCUUAUGAGCAUGCCUUCCAUGGAUGAUGUGUACCGCAAAUGCUGCCAACUUGCUGAAGAGAAAGAUAAAGAUGCUGAUGAACGUGAUUUUGUUCAUCCUACUCGGCUGAUCAACUUCCUCGUGGGGCUGCGAGGCAAAAACGAAACCAUGGCUGUUGGUGGCCCGUGGAGUCCAUCUCUCGAUGGACCUAAUCCUGAGAGGGAUCCGUCUGUGCUGAUCAAGACUGCUAUUCGAACAUGCAGAGCCCUCACUGGAAUUAAUCUUUCCAGUUGUACACAAUGGUAUCGGUUCCUGGAGAUUUACUACCGUCGUGGCGAGACUACACACAAGGGGCGUGUGGUGCCAGCGCGGGUUGAAACAGUGGUACUAUUUCUCCCAGAUGUUUGGAGCUGUGUGCCUACCCGUCUCGAAUGGGACGGCUUGCAUCUCAACUACAAGAAGCAACUGGAACGCAAGCUGAAGGCCGACCAGGAUAUAGCAAAUGGAGCGACGGGCGAUGAAAAGGCACAGCAACCAUAGCCUAGUUACUUUCUCUAUUGCUUUCUCUCUUCUCCCUCCCUUGUGGUGUGUCACCUGUGAAAAGUAUAUAUAUAAAAUUUGUUUUUCUUGUCAGGCAUCAGAUGGGAAUGAGUGAUUCCAUCGAAGAACAGUGGCGCCAUACUUCAGGGCAACUGGCUGAUGAUGCAGAUUCUUGCAGAAUGGAUUCUAACAGCUCACAAUAAAUUUUUCAUAAUGAUAGCUGUUGUGUCGUUUAUUUUGAAUUAACAAAUUCUGUCAUGGGUUUGGUGGAAUGGGUGCCUUGAAAGUAUUUCAAAUAUAAUUAUUGAAGAAUACACUUUUAAGAGGUGUAGGCCCUGACAACAGAUCGAAUACAGUAAAAUCAUAAGUAUAUAAAUGACAGGUUUCUGAUAUGUGGUUAAUAAAACAGCUGUGAUAUCCAGCACCUGGAUGUGUUCUGUAAGUUCAAUCUGAAGUCAGUAAACAUUUGAGUAAAUGUUAAAAUCUUUUGGCUGUUUUUGCAAUGCUUUCCCUUCAAUAAUAAUGACUUUCCAUAAAAAUCGUGCAGUACGAUUUUGAAAGUUGAGGAAUGAUAAGUGAUUUUACUGUAAACGUAUAUAUUCAAGUUACAUCGAAUGGUAGGUGUUUUUAUUAUUUUAUUUAUUGCUCAUUUCAGGCGAAAGGUGAGAAAGUUUUUAUUAUUUUAUUUUGCAGUACCUGGUCAUCUUGUGACAGUCUAGUAAGUAAUUAAAGUUAAAUGAAAACCGUUAUUGACAGAAUUUGUUAAAUUUAAAAUUACUCAAAAUCUCCUUGAUUAGAGUGGAGGUACUCAUGUUUAUGCAGUAAAUGAUUGUAAGUUAUAAAGAUAUCAUAAAACUUUCCAGUGAUCUUAAGUAUAUAUCAAAGAAUUCUGCAGCCUAUUUCAUCAAUACUUUUUUUAAAAAUUAUUUUGGAUUGAAUGAUUUUUUUUUAUUUGGACUCGUAAAGAUAAAAUAUUAUGCUUUAGAAGCUUCUUCUUUCUUUGCAACAAGAAUUUGGGUCGAAGUAGUUCCCUGAAUCUGGCAAAGCUGCUAAAUUUUACUUGUGGGUGUGUGCCACCAGUAUCCAAGGUUGAGAUGCUCUUGGUGGGGCAGACAACAGCUACGUUCAGCAAUGCUGCUGCAGUGUUGAUGUGAAUGGAGUUGAAUAAAAAGCUGACCACGUUUUGGUACUUUACUUUUGGUUGCUAAAAAUAGCACCAUAGUAUCCUAGGUAAAUGUUGGCUGAAAGCAGUGAUGAGGCGAGUUCCACCAGUCAUAAGGAAUUUUGGGUAUUGUGUGCUUGCUUAUGAUUUUGAUAUGGAAUGGCUCUUUUGUUGCCUGUGACAGAGGAAUCCUGUAAGCAGGCUUUUAACACAUUUUUUGUGUCAUAGGUAGAUGCACGUAAGGGAAAAUUGCUAUUAAGCAACAGACCGUAAUAUGAAUGUGUUCGAGCCUUUGGUGAUCUGUGUAUUCGUAAGAUUGUGUUGAAAAUGCAAACUACAUUUGAAACACAGAGCAACUGCCUUCACUUUCUACUGAAAAAAAAAGAGUGCUUUGUUCUCUGUGUCUUCCUCAAGAACAGAGUUUUAAGUUAAAGUAAAAGUGUUCUUGGUUGAUUUAAAUGUAUUUUGAGGCAUUAUGUGAAAUUUUGUUGCUUAUCUUGACUCUCUAAUCUUCAUAACAACCCAGCUUUAGUUAUGCUUUUUAGCUCCCUUACCUUAGCCCUGUUGUGUUUUUAGGCAGUUGUGCACUAUGAUCACGCUUUAAAUGAAAUGAUAAUAAUGGAUUAAUAAUUUGAUUGCAGGAAGAGGAGUGUACACAAGAAGUCAAGCGGGAACCUACACAUUAUUCAGAACUUGACCCAAAAGGGAUGAAGGUUAACGAGCUGCGGCAAGAACUUGAAGCUCGAACUUUGAGUCCAAAGGGUCUUAAAUCUCAACUGAUUGCUAGACUUACAAAAGCUAUCAAAACAGAGGCUGAGAAAGCAGAAGAAGAGAAAGAAGAUAAGAAAUCUUCAGACCCGGAUCCUCCUCCAAAAGCUGAAGUAGAUACAAAGGAUGAUGAAAAGAAGAAAAAGGAGGAAGAGGAGAAAAAGAAACAAGAUGAAAGAGAGAGAAUUGCAAGAGAAAAGAAAUACACAUUACCUGAAGUACCUCAUAUUAUUGUGCAUCCUUCACGCACUGCCAAGUCUGGUAAAUUUGAUUGUACUGUCAUGUCCCUGUCACUUCUGCUGGACUACAGACCAGAAGAUACUAAGGAACAUUCAUUUGAAGUUUCUCUUUUUGCCGAGUUGUUUAAUGAAAUGCUGAUGCGAGAUUUUGGGUUCAACAUAUUCAGAGCUCUGUAUGUAGCUCCAGAGCGUCCAAAAGAAGAUGAAAAGGAUCGUAAAAAAGUGAAAGAUAAAAAGGAUGAAAAGGACAAGAAGGAUGACAAGGAGAAAAAGGAUGAUAAGGAUCGGAAGGACGAUAAGAAAAAUGGCAAGAAGGAUGAAGAUAAAGAUGAUAAGAAAGAUGAUAAACAUUCCAAGGAGAGAAAGGAUGACAAAACAAAAGCAGAUGAUAAAAAUGAAGAGAAAGAUGAAGAAGAUGAUGAAGAGGAAGAAGAUGAGGAAGAUGAAGAUUCAAAAGAUGGAAAACGAGAUAAAGACAGGGAUGAAAAGGAUAAGAAGAGAGAUAAAGAUAAAGAUAAAAAGAAAAAAGAAAAAAUUAAAUUGUACACUGAAGAUAAACAGCUUCUUUUGUCUUUUAUUUAUUUUGACCAAUCUCACUGUGGUUACAUAUUUGACAAAGAUAUAGAAGAAUUGCUCUACACACUUGGUCUGAAUCUCUCAAGAGCUCAGGUCAGAAAGCUGGUUCAGAAGGUGGUGACACGUGACUCGUUACAUUAUAGAAAAUUGACCGACAAAAGAAUUAAGAGUGAAGAUAUCAAAGAUACAGAUAAAGAAAAGGAUAGAAGUAAAGAUGGUGAAAAAGAUGAAAAGAUUUCUGAUGAUGCAGAUGAUAUGUUGUCUUUUGGAAAUCGUCAUCUAUUACCAGUCUUCUUUUCUUUGUCUGACGAUGGAUGCUCCCCAUCCAAGCGAAUAAGAAAGAGUCCAGUACAAGAUAAAGAUAAGGACAAAGAUAAUAAAGACAGGGAAAAGCAUUCCCUACCAGAAGGUUUCGUCAUGUACAAAGGAGCCCUUUUAGAUGUUCAGAAAUUAAUGGAUCAACUGAAACGCAGUGAGAAAGCACGUGUUGACACUGAAAAUAAAAUGAUUGCCAUGAAACAGGAUUUAGGUGAAGUGAAGGAGUCUGCAAAACAGUCUGCAAAUACUGUUAAAGAUUUAUCCGGAGAAUUACGAGAAUAUAAAGAGAGACUUCAUGAUACUGAUAUUGAAUUAUCAAAAGUGAAGGCGCGAUCUGAAACAUAUUUGUUGACGUUAAGAGAGGUACAAGAGAAGGUUGUGCCAGUGUUAUCCUCUGUUCCUGCAUUCCGGAAUGAAGUAGAAGACAUUCAGUUGUGCCGUGAAGAUGAAAAAAAAACUACUGAAAUACGUGCUAAUGUCAAAAAAGAAGUUGCAGAUGUACAUGAAUUUAAUUCUAGUAAAGUUGAUGAACAAAAUUCUGGUGAAAAAGAAACAAAAACAAGUAAGUUGUCUAAAGCCGACUCUGAUGAUUGUUCAAGUUCAUCUGUGGUAAAACAUGAAACAAAGGAUAAAGAUAAUGUGUAGUGCUCACCAUUUGUUGGAGAUCACAAACAUGUUUGUGGAUGGUGGUUGACACUGUAAAGUACAAGUGAUUUAAGGAACUUAUUUCAAGUAUUUUCUUUUAACGCAAUGGUAGAAGUGAUUCUGCAAUAAUUCUGUGGUGUCAUCUCUUCUUUUUCUUUUGUAUUGUACGUAUUAUUUUUCACCACAAUGAUGUACAAACUUUUGUUUUAUUGUUACUUUUAUUUAAUGUUUUAACUAUGUGCAAAAGGGAAAUGAACAGCUCUUUGCUGUAAUGGUAGUUAUUGUCUUAACAUGAAUAUGUGGGACUGUUUCGUUCUUUCACUUGGCUUCUCUUCAAAUUUUGUGUAUUUUUUACUUAACAUAAAUGUAUCAUGUUAGUUGAAAGCUGCUGCUGUGUGUGAUGUAUAUAUUUUUUGAUGUAAUAGGCAUAUAAAAAAUCACAAAACCCUCAUAAUGAAGAGGGAUCUUCACGACUCUCGUGGAGUAAUUUCACAAGGUUGUGAGAUAGAUAAAGAUGUUAACUUCUGUUAAAACAGAAAUUAACAAAAAAUCAGUUAGUACUAAGAGUUAUGUCCUUAAAAAAAUCAAGUACUAAGAAUGGUCAGAAAUAAUUUUAUUUAGUGUAUGCUUGGUUCAUUGGUUUCAUAAGUUAAAUUUCUGAUUAAUAAACUACUUUUUCACUUAUCAAUAGACUUAGAAAAAAUCCUGUUAGUUUCUUUUAUUUAUAUAGAUAUAUCUGAAGUCCACCAAAAUACAGUAUUAUAAUACAACUUGCAUGUCUCUUGUAAACCCCCCGACGAAUAGUAUUCGAUCUGGGAGAGUUGUUGUAAUGUUAAGAAAAAUGCAAUAUUUGUGAAUUGUUAUUUUCCAUCAGAAGUGUACUUACAAAGCAGAGUAUUUAUGGUUUUAUAACAGGAGAAACCUCUUCCCUUAAUAUUUCAUGGAGUUGAUUUGCUACUUCAUGAUUGAAUCUCAACAAAAUAAACUGUAUAAAGGAACACAAAAUUUUGUCAGCAAAUUAACUGGUUUUCGUAACAGAUUGUGCCUCUGUGAAUGCUCUCUCAGGUGACUGAAGAAAAUUUAUAUAGCAGUUUUAUCAUUGCAAAGAAUAGGAUGUAUUUGAUGCUAAUGAUAGAUCAAAUACACGUUUAAUUAUAUGUUGAAACAUUCUUCAAUAUCAUUUUAUGCCAUUCACAUACAUUAAUUUUACUUGCCUGAGUGAGAUUGAAUUGAAAAUGAGACUUUGAUGUGUAAUUAAAUUAUUCAAUCUGUGUUCAUUAGUUGUGUGUUAAGAUUAUAGAAUUCAUGUAUAGUGAAUGAAGCGUUAAGUUUCAACACAAGUCUGUUGUUAUGUAAUAGUAAAAGCAAAAUAGAACUAAUUUAGUAAUAGAAAUCAGACCAUAACAAAUGAACUCCUACUUGAGAAUACCUGAUAUAUCCUAUCUGUAACAUACAUUUUUAUGUACUACAUUGAGUAUACAUACCCGAAGAAAGGACAUUUUGGAGCAGUAAAUAUGCCUGAAAUUUAUAAUACUCUUGUGUUGUUACUUAAGAAAUGUAGAUCAAUCCCCAUUUGUGCAAUUGGAAUGCAUAAUCCCAAUGGUUUUCCUUCCACAUUGAGUGUAUUUCAUUGAGAAUAUUGUUCUGGAAUUAGGUCUCAUUUCUCAGAAUUGUUAACCAAUACAUAUGGUAAAUUCAGUUGUAAAAUCAAUCUUUUUGGACCAAAUGUACAAUUGGCAAAAAUUCAUUGUGAACAGAUUGCUUUUUUUUCCAUUAAGUCUUCAUAUUGUCAUUUAAUUGUGGUAAAGAAAGACUUGCAACUAACUAAAAGCAAUAGAAAUUCACUGAAAGAAACUGUUUCAAUUAAUAUGUUGUACGAGGGUCGCUACGAAAGUUUUGAAAUAUACAAAAACUAAG